AUGAACAUAUUUAGAAAUACAAUCAUACACCAAAGUACAACAUUAUCUACUUUAGCGUUGAAAAGAUGUAUACCGAAUGCAAUUGUAUCAGUGAGGAAUCUGCGUAGUAUAACAACAACAACAUCAAAUAGUCGUAUUCCUUCGUUCCCAGAUAUGACUAAUGUUCAGUUGGAUACUAUUGUAGGUUUUUCUAAAUUUGGGAAAGGUAGCUAUUUUAUUGAAAGAUCAAGCAGCGGGAAUUUACCAGUCUAUUCUGAUAUUAAAGGUGGUGGUAAUAAGAUAGUUACACAAAUAUCCAAGAUAAAGGGAGAUAUUAUACAACUAAGAAAUGAUUUACAAAAUGCUUUGCCAUUUAUUGAAAAGAAUAGAUGGACCGUAUUGAUGCAAUCUAAGAAGAUCAUAGUAAAAGGUGAUUAUGUCCGUGAAAUUAAAGAUGUUUUAACAAAACGUUUUUAG